UCCCGAUAUCUAGACCGACAAGCCAUCACCGGUUCGAUUUUGACACGCUUUUCCGAGCAAACUUUCAGCGUCAAACGAAAGUAUUCUUUAUCGCAAACGAAAUCUCAUCAACCUUUGAUACACUUUAUGGGCCACUGCUUUCAAGAUAAACCAGCGCUCACGACAUCAACAGUCCUGGAGAAGUCUUUGAAGGAAUACCUACUGCCAGCCGUGCAGUGUACCUCACGAACGGUGUCAUUAAUUACAAGGGGAAUAGUUACCGACAACGCUGAGGGCUCCUACGUCUUUAGAAAGAGACGACGGUAGCAGGCAGACUGACUAUUCCAACCACGUCAAAGCACGUAUAAGAUUGAAAAGAUGAGUGGAGCACCGGAGAGGGAAACAGGGCGCGGAAGAUAUAGAGGACGUGAAAGUGCAGGUGGAAGAGCUCGAGGACGAGGGCGAGGGCGAGGAGGACAGCCUGAAAAUGACACUUCCGUCAAUUCUCCAAACCCACCGAGCAGCGCGCCCACACACCAAUCUACUUCACCGCUUCCUGGGGUGUCAACUCAUUCUUCCUCAACAGUACCACACCCUGUACAUUCCGCAUCAGCGUGGCAAUCACCUAACAUCUCCGGCAAUUCUUCAGGUCCACUGAACACCGCUCCCGUGCGGGCAUCUACUACGUUGCCUCAGGUGUUAAUUCCUCCUUUGCCGCCCGCACCACACCCUCUGAAUUCCGCGUCAACGUGGCUACCAACUUCCGUAUCACUAAACACGUAUCCUCGUCCUAUAUCUUCAUCAAUGUACCCUUCAUUUUAUGUCACACCCCAGGGUCCGGCUCAACCACCACCGCAGCCUCAGCAGCAUCAUUACCCAGUCCAUCACACCCCGGGAAUCCCUCAACCACAUCAUCCGCAUCCAUUUCAAUCACAGAUGAGCCACCCGUAUCAGCUGCACAGAAACACCUCGGUAGGCUUCGGACAAGGCGGUGCCCAACCAUCCAACCCACCACAUCCGCCAAACGGCCCCCCUUCAAAUAUAUCUACUAUUUCGCCUCUUUACACUCCUCAAUCUAUUGCUCCUCAUGCACCUGGUUCUAGAUUCGACCUUGCCCAAUCUUAUCCAACUCCUCCCAGAUCUUCAACCUCUGCUCAUCCACCAUCAGCGCCUGCAUCACAAAACCCCCAGCAGAUGGAGCAACAGCAGAGAACCAGACCCGCGCCACGACCAGUAAGCGGAGAAAUUCGCCGCCCAACUAUUAUUCCUCGCGAGCCAGAUUCGUACCCGUACGACGGACUAUCUGCCACCAGGACAAGAAGAUCGUCUCCUACUCCUAACAGGGGCGUGCCCCUUGUGCCCUGGUACCAUGUAGACGUCCCGAGGAACUCAGGUUUAAUCAGAGUCGCCGACCUUAUAGCUGACCCUAUAAACCCCGCAGCCGCCGCCCCGCAGACGGGAGAAAAAGGUAGUGGCAACGGCAAAGGCAACGGCAAAGGCAAAGACAACGAUAACGACAAUGGUAAAUACAACAGAAAAAGAAAACGCAACAGCGAAGAAGAAGAUAACUGCAGAGACAAAGACAACAGCAAUAGUAAAGGCAACGGCAAUGGCGAUGGCAAAGAUGACGACAGCGGCAAUGGCAAAUAUGACGGCAGAAAGUGCUUGCCGAUGACCCUCUACCUCGUCGGUAUCCCGAUCGAACGUGGAAACCCAGAUCACGCGAUUUUGGAGGCGAAAACCGAUACAGGCUAUGGGUUCCAGGCGAUGUUGCUCAGUGAGCAAGAGUUGGCGAAAUGGUGGGGGGCGUUGAGACGGACGACAAUGAAAAUGAUGAGAAGGAUGAUGACAAGUAUAAUAAGUAUGAUGAGGAGAGUGAUGAUGAGGAGAGUGGUGAUGAGGAGAGUGAUGAUGAGGAGAGUUAUAAUGAUGAGAAGGAUGAGGAUUACGAGGGAACAGAAGAUAGUGAUGGGGAGCAUGGUGAUUGAUGAAUGGGUGAAACCCACUGAUUCAGCGGUAGCAAGGGAUGUUUUCUGCAAUCGGUGGUAUAGGGAAGGGAGAGAAGGACGUUAG